UUUUGUUGCAUCUUUUCAUAAUUUCGUAUCCAAUUUUUCCUUUUGUUAAAUAGUCCUAGUUUUUUUUUCCGCCCUCAAUCAAUCAUUCCAUUAAUUUUGAAACUUUAGGUUCCAUCAAUAUCUACCUGAUUAUCCACUCUCAAUGUCUUUUUUUUUAUUAUUUAAUUUUAAUUUUUGUUUUUGCCUGGCUCGUUGACAAAUUUUUUCUGCUUCCUUCUCAACUGUUUCAACUGUUCCGAUGAAUUCGCCACAAAAAUUAUAUUUUUGAAAUAUAUAUAUUACAUAGAUCAGCAGUUUCGCAGAAUUUCUUUGGGCACAAUCAAAGAUUCUUCUAUAUAUGUUUUCUGUCUAAUUUUUGGGUUAGUUUUUCUUCUUCUGUUCACUGAAGAAUUUGAGCUCUGUUGGUCAAUUUGAUUAUUAGUUUUCCACUUCAGUUCAUAUUUUCUUACUUCUUAGUCAUAAAUUGCAUUACCCUUUUGGAAGAUCUUGGUGGGGUGCUAAAUAGUUUCUGGGUGAUUAAGAAAGUUGAGAUUUUUUCCUCAAGGUUUUGGUGCCCUUUUGAGUUUGAUUACAUAAUGAAGCUUGUGGUUCGUGUGAUUGAGGCAAAGAACUUGCCACCUACGGAUCCUAAUGGGUUGAGUGAUCCGUACGUGAGGUUACAGUUGGGGAAGCAGAGGUUCAAGACAAAGGUGAUCAAGAAGAGUUUGAAUCCAAAGUGGGAUGAAGAGUUUAGCUUUUGGGUGGAUGACCUUAAUGAAGAGUUGGUUAUAUCUGUUAUGGAUGAAGAUAAGUUCUUCAAUGAUGACUUUGUGGGUCAACUUAAAGUGCCAAUCUCACUUGUUUUUGAGGAGGAGAUCAAGUCCCUUGGCACUGCUUGGUAUUCUUUGCAACCCAAAAGCAAGAAGUCCAAGAACAAGGAAUCUGCAGGUGAGGUUCGUUUGAGUAUAUAUUUUUCACAAAAAAAUGCUUCCAUGGAGUCAAAUGGUAGUCCUUAUCUAUUACAUCCAACAAAAUUUAUUGAUGUAGUGACUGAAUCACCUUCAAGGUCUUCCACAGGCCAUUCAAGCUCACCUUCUCCUGUAAGGGAAGAAUUUACAUCAGUUAAGGAUGAAAAAUCUGGUACUCAAAAAACAAUUACAGGCAGAAUUGCUCAAAUGUUUAAUAAGAGCUCUGACACAUCUUCAACCACAUCACGUAGGAGCGUUGACUCAGAUCAAUCUGAAAUUAGUAAAGUAGAAGUUAGUGAGAUCAAGACUGAGGAUCAGUCCUCUAACGAGACUUUUGAAGAAGCUAUGAGAAAAAUUCAGUCUGCAGAUGAAGGCAGUGAAAUUCCUGCAAAUUUACCAGGAGGAGUGUUUGUCGAUCAGCAAUAUAUUAUUGCACCAGAAGACUUAAACGAGUUACUGUUUUCAUCAAAUUCAAAUUUUCUCAAGUCAUUGGCAGAUGUGCAGGGUAAUACAGAAUUAGAAAUAGGACCUUGGAAGUUUGAGAAUGGUGGGGAGAGCUUCAAAAGAUUAAUUACUUACGUCAAGGCUCCCAGUAAAUUAAUUAAGGCUGUCAAAGCCUUUGAGGAGCACACAUAUUUAAAAGCUGAUGGAAAGAACUUUGCUGUUCUAGCCAGUGUCAGCACUCCUGACGUUGUGUAUGGGAGCACCUUUAGGACAGAAGUACUCUAUUUAAUCACACCUGGACCAGAGUUGCCAUCAGGUGAAAUGUGUUCACAUCUGGUUAUAUCGUGGCGAAUGAAUUUUUUACAGAGCACCAUGAUGAAAGGAAUGAUAGAAAAUGGGGCUCGACAAGGUAUGAAGGACAGCUUUGAUCAAUAUGCCAUUUUGUUAUCUCAGACUGUUAAACCUGUUGAUCCAAAGGACCUUAGUUCCAGUAAGGAACAGGCUUUGGCAUCAUUACAUGCGGAGCCUGAGUCAGAUUGGAAACUGGCAGUGCAGUAUUUUGCUAACUUCACAGUAAUCUCAACAGUUUUCAUGGGGUUGUAUGUGCUUGUCCAUAUUUGGCUGGCUGCACCCAGCACAAUUCAAGGGCUUGAGUUUGGUGGGCUUGACUUGCCAGAUUCAAUUGGUGAAUUUGUUGUCUGCGCUGUCUUGGUUCUUCAAGGUGAACGCGUGCUGGGUUUAAUCUCACGCUUCAUACAGGCCAGAGCACAGAAGGGCAGUGAUCAUGGAAUUAAAGCACAAGGAGAUGGGUGGUUGCUAACUGUUGCUUUAAUUGAAGGAAGCAAUUUAGCUUCUGUUGAUUCUAAUGGGUUCUCUGAUCCAUAUGUGGUGUUUACUUGCAAUGGGAAAACAAGAACCAGUUCAAUCAAGUUCCAGAAGUCUAAUCCUUUAUGGAAUGAAAUAUUUGAGUUUGAUGCAAUGGAUGAUCCUCCUUCUGUGCUGGAUGUGGAAGUUUAUGAUUUUGAUGGACCUUUUGAUGAAGCUGCAUCUCUAGGACAUGCUGAAGUUAAUUUUCUGAAAGCAAACAUCUCAGAUCUUGCUGAUAUAUGGGUUCCUCUUGAAGGAAAGUUGGCUUUGGCUUGUCAGUCUAAGCUGCACCUAAGGAUUUUCUUGGACAACACUAAAGGUGCUAAUGUUGCAAAGGACUAUUUAAGUAAAAUGGAGAAAGAGGUCGGGAAGAAGAUUAAUUUGCGGUCACCUCAAACAAAUUCAGCAUUUCAGAAACUCUUUGGGCUUCCACCUGAGGAAUUUCUCAUCAAUGACUUCACCUGUCAUUUGAAAAGAAAAAUGCCCCUGCAGGGUCGCCUAUUUCUGUCUGCAAGAAUAAUUGGAUUUCAUGCAAAUUUGUUUGGAAAGAAGACAAAAUUCUUCUUUCUUUGGGAGGAUAUUGAAGACAUUCAGGUCAUUCCUCCUACAUUUUCAUCAAUGGGGAGCCCAAUAAUUGUCAUAACUCUUCGGCAGGGUAGAGGUGUGGAUGCAAGGCAUGGUGCUAAAACACAAGAUGAACAAGGCAGGCUGAAGUUCCAUUUCCAGUCCUUUGUGUCUUUCAAUGUUGCACACAGGACUAUCAUGGCUCUUUGGAAGGCCAGAUCCUUGAGUCCUGAACAGAAGGUCAAGUUUGUUGAAGAAGAAUCUGAUACCAAAAGCCUUAUAAGUGAAGAGAGUGGAGGCUUAUUCCUUGGCCUGGAUGAUGUUAGCAUGCGAGUUACCUUAUGGAGAUAUUUAGUGGGGGUGAGUUGGAUCGCCGCGUCAUGGAAAAGUCUGGCUGUCUUAAUUAUUCUUAUACCCCUUGGGUAUCAGAGAACAACGAUAUCUUUGAGAGGGCAGUGUAUUACAAAUUUGAGAAGCGUGUUUCAAGUUAUAAAGGUGAAGUAACAAGUACUCAGCAAAGAUCUCCCAUUUUGGAUGGAAAGGGUUGGCUAGUGGAAGAGGUCAUGAACCUUCAUGGAGUUCCUCUUGGUGAUUAUUUCAGUGUAAGUGAACCAAAUUUAGCUUGUUUCUACACUUUUUUAGUGCCUGAUUGUUAUAUCUUUGUUUUCUAUGAUUUACCCAUUCUUAUCAUCCUUGUGUUGGUUUUCAUCUCAUGCGUCACUGAGUAGUGUCUCAUAUAUGCCACAGAUACACCUUCGUUACCAAAUUGAGGAUUUACCACCAAAAGCAAAGGGAUGUAGAGUGCAAGUAUUAUUUGGAGUUGAAUGGCUGAAAAGCACAAAGAAUCAGAAAAGGAUUACAAAGAACAUCCUACAAAAUUUACAAGAACGUUUAAAGGUGACCUUUAGUCUAGCUGAGAAGGAGCUUUUACCAAAAUAACAAAUGAAUCUUCCUGGAUUUGACUCAAACAACAAGUAUUGAAUUGAAGCUAGCCGAAAUUUUGUUAGCACAAAAUUGUUAUUUCGAUUCAUGGACUUGGACUCUGGAAUAUAUGAUGCAUCAAGAUCAUAUGGUUCAUGUGAUUGUGCUGUUUGAAGUUGGUUCGCUUGCAUGACAAUCCCAACUUCAUCGGAAAAAAGAGGAAAGAACCUGUUUGAAGUUGGUUCGCUUGCACGUGAUUGUGCUCUUUGGUUGACUUGCUACCAAGCUUGUUCUUUGAACCAGUUUACUGAUACCCAAUUGUUCCAUUGUAUAUACACGAUUCGUUUAGAAGAUGCUCAUAUUGCAUCACAGCUUAAGAUGAUAACUUGUCAACUUAUUACAAUGGUUGGCAACAGAAUGUUCCCUCAGAUAGGGAAUAUGCUUUUGGUCAUAUAGGAAAUGUUGUAAACGAUUUUUUAGGCCUGAGAAUGUCUUGACAUGAAGCACGGGCCCUUUAACUCCAUGCAGAUUUAUUUGUUCAAAUUUGAAAUACAUUCAUAACUUUUUUUGUCAUGUAGAAUUUACGUUGAUCUCUGAUUUUCCAACAUAGCAUUUUCUUUUAUUCUGGUUUGAGACGAUUAUGUGCAUACAGUUUCGUUUAAACAAGCACAAAGAAUGUAAAUUCUAAACUCGAUCUCUAAUGGUAUAUUUCAUAACAUUUGC